GGUGGGAAUCUGGUGAGUGGUAAGAAUGGAAAGAAGACAUGCCACUGAAAUGUCUGUUGAUGCCGGGAGUGGAGUGUUUUGUUGUCAUUUAAUUUGAGUGUUAAUUACCCGCUUUAUUUCAUAGCCUGAACCUUCUUACUACAAUACUCACCUCAAAAUGGCAUCGGCAGGCUUGUUGGUUGUUUCUAACUUAAAGAGCAUGACUAAAGUAUUAAAUUCAGUUCGGGAUUAUGUUAGCUCCAUUCUUUACAUCGAUCUCAAUUUGUUGUCGCGCAAACCGCUACCGCAAUGGAAUCAAACCAUCGCAGAUAUUUACUUGCAAACGAUGAAAACUUGUCCAAAUAUCGAUGUUCGAGUCCUUAUAUCUUCCCUGAGAUCUGACCAGAAAGCUACAAAGAAAAAUGUGGGUGUGUUCUUGUUGGACCAACAAAUGCCGACUGGAUUUGAGCGAAUUCAGACGAUUUAUCAAAUAGGAGUGGCUCCAAAAUCUUUACUGAACGAGUUAGGAAAUUCGACUGAACCGGAAUGCAAAUCUGAUGUUGCUAGCCCUAAAGAAAAUGUGGAUGGAAAUGUGGAUAAACUUUACGAUACUGUUGUGUUAGGAGGUACUUUUGACAGGAUGCACGUCGGCCAUAAAAUUCUGCUGAGCGAAGCUCUUUUGCGGGCGAGAAAGCGUAUUGUUGUGGGUGUUACAGCACCCAAUAUGCUGUCAUCUAAAAAAUUGAACGAAUUGAUCGCUCCUGUGGAGCAGAGAAUAAGAUCUGUACGAGAAUUUUUAGAGGAUGUAGAUAAUACACUGCAGUAUGAGGUGGUACCUAUUGAAGAUUUCAUGGGCCCAACAAGAACUGAUCCUGAUAUGGAUUUGCUUGUAGUAAGCGCAGAAACGCAUAGAUCUGGCCAAAAAAUCAACGAAAUUCGAAUGGCUAACGGGCUAAAACCUCUGGACAUUUAUACUAUUCCGCUUUAUGAGGGUGAUGUAGAUGAGACUCACAAAGAAAAGAAGGUCAGUUCAAGCAAUUAUCGGAUGGAUGUAUUGGGAGUUCGAAUUCGGGAUCCGCAGCCUCGCCCCCAUUUGCCCAAAACACCUUAUAUAAUUGGUUUAACAGGAGGUAUAGCAUCCGGGAAAUCAGUGAUGGCAAAACGAUUUGAGAAACGUGGGGCAAAAAUAAUCAAUUGCGAUCUUCUUGCACAUCAAGUUUAUGAACCAAACACUGAUUGUUACAACAAGCUAGUUCAACAUUUCGGAAUAGAAAUAAUUGGAGACGACAAACAAAUCAAUCGGAAACGACUUGGUGAAAUCGUAUUUGCUGACCGUAGCAAACUAGAGGAGCUCAAUCAAAUCGUGUGGCCAGCAGUUUUGGUUGAAGUACAAAAGAUUAUUAACAGAUAUCGCGAUGAAGGCUGUAAAGUAGUUAUCGUUGAAGCGGCGCUAUUACUACGUGCUGGUUGGGAUAUACAAUGCCACGAAGUGUGGUCUAUGAUUAUUCCUCCAGAAGAAGCCAUACGAAGGAUAAUUGAAAGAAAUAAGAUGCCCGAAGAGGAAGCGAGGAAGAGGAUUGGUGCACAGCAAGAUAACUUGUAUAUUGUUCAAAAAUCAAACGUAGUCUUCUCUUCGCUCUGGAGUCAAGAAUUUACAGAUAAGCAAGCUACACGUGCAUGGAAUUUGUUGAAGAAAGAACUAAAGUUAUAGUUGUUUUUAUCCAAUGGUGCAUUUGAUAUUAUUUAAGAGAAAUUGUUGCUAUUUUUAAGAAUAAAGGAAAUUUUAUGGGGAGGAUCUUAAUUUUGGUCCUUUUACUCAUUGUAGGAAGCUUAAUAAAACUGUAGCAUUAGCAAAUGGUAGAGUAGCCGUUGUAGAGUGUUUAAACAUUGAUGAAAAUACGGUGUGAGGUUUUUCUGCACUUCAUUUAAAAGUGGAACAACAAGUGCUUAUUUUUUUUAGAUCUAAAACAAAGUUUUCUUUAUUUGAUAUGACGCAUAUCAAUAGUUUGUAUGAAUUUAAAUAUUUCCUGAUUCCCCAGUAAAGAUAAAUAUUUUGAAUAUUA